CAUAUAAAUCCUCCAGGCUGAGGUCUUUCUCUGUUCACCAUCUUCAUCGCUAGCUCUUGCUGUUUUCUUCGUGCUGCUCACGCUGUGCAUCUGCUGAACAUUCUCAACUUGUGUUUUGAUACCUCGCAUCUCGCUCUAGCGCUCUACUUGCACCAUGUCCCCAGCCAUCUUGAACGGAGAGCACGCCGCACCCAACGGCCAGUCGAACACAAACGGCAUUCAUGCCAUCAAGGAGCACGCCUCGCUCGACGGUUUUGGCACGCGCGCCAUCCACGUCGGCUCGGAGCCCGACCCAUCGACGAGCGCGGUCAUCCCCGCCAUCUCCCUGAGCACGACGUACAAGCAGCACGGAGUAGGGAACCACAAGGGUUUCGAGUACUCGCGCUCCGGCAACCCGAACCGGAACGCGCUCGAGGCGACGCUCGCCGCGAUAGAGUCCGGAGGCGCGUACGCGCUCGCCUUUGCCUCCGGCUCGUCGACGACCGCGACCGUCCUCCAGGCGCUCGGCCCUGACGCGCACGUCGUCAGCGUGAACGACGUCUACGGUGGGACCUUCCGCUACAUGACGCGCGUCGCCUCGGAGAAUCAGGGCUUGCAGACCACGUUUGUGGACCUCGAGAACGCGAGCGAUAGCGAGGUUCUCGCGUCCUUCCGUCCAAAUACCAAACUCAUCUGGAUCGAAACCCCGACGAACCCCACGCUCCGUCUCGUCGACAUCGCGCGCAUCGCUUCUCUAGCGCACUCCGCGCCCUCGAAGCCCCUCGUCCUCGUGGACAACACCUUCCUCUCCCCCUUCUACCAGUCCCCGCUCGUCCUCGGCGCCGACAUCGUCGUGCACUCUCUGACGAAGUACGUCAACGGCCACUCGGACGUCGUCAUGGGCGCCCUCAUCCUCCCCGCGCACCACGCCGCGCUCGCGGAGAAGCUCCGUUUCCUCCAAAACGCCGUCGGCUCCGUGCCGAGCGCGUACGACUGCUGGCUCGCGCAGCGCGGCGUCAAGACGCUCCACCUGCGCAUGAAGGCGCACGGAGCCAACGCGCUCGCCGUCGCGCGCGCGCUCCAGAAGUCGCCGCACGUCGAGGAGGUCAUCUACCCCGGGCUCGCGAGCCACCCGCGCAAUGACCUCGCGUACCGCUCGCUCUCGUCGCAUGCGCGCGCGUACGUAGACCGGUUCCUGAAGGAUCACGGGGAUGCCGCGGGCGGGUUCCCAUAUGGGGGCAUGAUCUCGUUCCGCAUCCGCGGCGGGGCCGCUGAGGCGGAGAAGUUCUUGACCUCUACGCGGCUGUUCACACUCGCGGAGAGCUUGGGUGGCGUGGAGAGCUUGGCGGAACUCCCUGCGCAGAUGACGCACGGGUCUAUUCCGCCUGCCGAGCGUGCGCUGCUGGGCAUCGGGGAUAACCUCAUCAGGCUGUCUGUUGGCGUGGAGGAGGAAGAGGAUCUCGUGGCUGACGUAGAGCAGGCCUUGGAAGCGGCUGCUUCGCUCUCCAAGGACUUGUGAGCGGACGUGUCCUGUCGGAGGAGCUCAGAUAUUUAUUGUUGUACGACGAGAUCUUGAGGUCCAUGACUGUUGUGUUUUACCAAGCAUUUAUCUAGACGCAUAUUUAUAAGUAGAUAUACAGCCUCGGUACAGUAAUGCACGCAUGAGUUUCUUGGGCACCGGUGUCAUACAUCCAUGGUCAGAUCUCUGCGCAGCAUCCGCUGCCCGUCUUCCGAAGCAUCACACCUUCAUCGCAACUCCAACGAUAUGAUCCGCCAUUCUCCAACCAUGCUCAUCCGCGCCGACAUCCAAACAUUUCUGCACCCACGCCUCAAACUCCUCUCCCUCCAACUCGUUCACCAACUUGUCCAGACCUCCAGCCAACAGACCCUCCGUCCCGACCAUCUCCACGUCCUCCACACCUGUCGCCUCUCUUCAAACUCCGGGCAUGUUGUCCGGCAGCUCAUGAUGCAACACCUCCCCACCCGGCGCGAGCUUUACAUAGACCCCGUCCUGCGCAUGUCGAGCAUAGAACUCCGGCUUGCGCGCGAGCCGUGCGGGCUCCUCCAGCGCGAGGCCGCGGUAGCGCGCGUACCGGCUGACCCACGCGCAGAAGAGCACGCCUCCGUCCGGGCGGACGAAGUCCCACGCGUCGCGGAGCGCGGAGGUCUGCGGCCAUGAUGUGGUAGAGGGGGCCGAGGAGGAGGACGGCGUCGAAUGUGCCGCAUUCGUCUGCGAGAUCGGGGUGGUUUGCGAGGCGCGUCGCGUCACCUUGGAGGGGCGGGCGCGUCGGGGGAAGAUGCGGCGCGUGCUUGGGCUAGGGCGAGGAGGCCUGAGGAGACGUCGACGAGCGUGACUUCGUGGCCAAGUUCCGCGAGCGCGAAAGACUAUGGGCCUAGAGUGCAGAGCAGUCAGAACGCUGACUGUGCGGGUGUUCGAGUCAAUAGUGAAUUAUCUGCUUGGGCGUAUGCUAGCGACAGGUUUGUCGUCCGCAUUCAAGCAGGAUCGCCACAAUUGCGCGCAUGUACCUACAGAAGG